UGCAGACGUUGGAGCUAUAACAUCCACACAAACUGAGGGCAAGUAUGAUAGGGUUUUGCCUGCUGUUUCCAUGCCAACCAAACUUCCAACCAAUCAGCAUGCUCCAUCCAUGGGAAUGCUUCACCCAUCUUCAACCCUGCUUGCUGUUUUGAGUGCUUAUCAUUUCAAAGCUUCUUACCUCUCCUGUGAUUGGCCUGAUUCUGCAAGAUUUGCAUCACUUCAGCCAAUGACUGCAGUUUUAUCUAAAGUUUCUAAUUUGCAUGCAUUACUGGGCUUUGGGACUGUAUCUAAAACUUUUGUGCAUGAAACUGUUGAACAGCUUUUUGCUUUACAAACUGCUUUGAGUUCAUCAUUUCAAUGUGACUCUCAUCUUACAACUUUAAGGCAUGAAAGCUAUCUAAUCACUUCAAGAAUGCCAUCUACCCCUAUGAACUGUCCAAUUACAUCAAGGCUACUAUCUUCCUCAAUAAACUGUCCAAUCAAAGCUGCCAAAGCUAACCUUCAUUCAUCAAGCCAGCCAAUCAGAACACCAGUAAAUUUCCAAACAUGUCUAACACCAUAUUCAAACAUCACAAAUCUCAAACCCAUUUCAUCUUUCUUCAUACACACCAAUACCAGACAACAGAAAAUUGCACAAGAAACACAAUUUUCACCUCGCGGCCCAUCACUUUCCUGCAGUAGGGGUUUUGAAUAUGAGUUUACUAAUGUUUCACUUGGAGACAAUCUAACCUUUUCUGUUUUUGACCCACUAACAAUUCUGAGUUCCGGAGCCUGUUGUACCUCUCUAUCUGGUUCUGUUAACAUUUGUUUUGCUCAAACUGCAAAUGGAAUGACUAUACAUACUGCAUGUAGCUCUACCAAAUGGUGUAUAUUCUGUAUCCUUUACUCCUCUAAAUGCCAUUCUGUUUUCAAUCUUACUAACAUUUCAUUAGUUACAGUGCCAUUCUGCCUGCUUUAUUCAAACCGUCCCCGCAUUAAUGAACCUUUUGCCUCUGUCUAUUCCAAGACUUCCCUCUUCAUUGAUCCAUUGCAUCAGAACUUAUCUUUUGUAGAAGAGAAUGGAUGUGUUAUCGGUAACAGUAUCCUCUCCCUUCAGACAUUGCCAGCAGGAGAGGUAAUGAUGGUGACCCCUGGACCCUUAUUAACGAUAAUUGCCGCUUCAAUGACAAAACCAGAUCACAGUCGAUCAAUCUCUGUCGCAAUCCUGACACCUGCUCUUCUCCGUACCGCUUCAGAGUCCCGGGGCAGUGGUUCUUCUUGGCUUUCAUCAGCGACCACUUUGCAAUCUUACCAUUCAUUCGAUCUGUCACCACCUCGUAGCUUUGGCUGGCCGACUGCUACCCAGUCCAGUCAAAAGCUGCCUCAAGUUCCCCCAUCGAGUCCAUCUCGCUUUCCAUGUUUGCAGAUGUAUGUAUGCCCUGUGCCCCUGGAAUUAACGUCACACCUAAACACAAAUUUGUUAUCGAAUUUCAGUUCAGGACAGAGUGUGACCUCUUUUCCUGUAUCGAUGUCACCUUUUGGAAUGACUCUGUCAUUUGGAAUUACCGUAGGGAAAAGUUCAUCACUUCUGCCUGACUUAAGUCUAGUGUUCAAACUAAUGAAAAUUUUAGAAGGUGCUCUCAAAAUAUUGUCAUUUCCUUAUCAAAUGGGAUUGGAAGCUAUGUUUUUGAGAACAUCUGUCCCAAUAUUUUGGUUUAUAUUUGAGCAGGGAUUAUUGUUCCCAUUUGAUUGGGUUAUAAAGAAUCUUUCACCCGACCUAACCAACGUUUUAUUGUCAGUUUUCAUAUCCAAAACACAUAACUUUAGUAAGGUUAAUGCCUCUCCUGAUACUGUCUUGCAUCAUAUCCAUACACGUUCAGGAAUCAUCACCCCAAAUUUGUCAGUAGACAAUUCCACCACUUCAAUGCAGAUCAGUGCUGUACAUGCUGGCAUUGCCAAGUCAACGACUUCAUGUACAUUGACUGUGCCAUCGUUUGAGAAAUCUGUUGUAGGUCUUCUGAUGCCGUCGCAUACGUCAUGGUCAAGACUGCCAGGUUUGUUGUUUCAGCCACCAGAUCCAAUCCAAACCUUCCACCUCUCAAUCUCACCACCGUCAGCCCUAUCUCUAUUCAGUCAAUCACCUUGGCAUUAUUUACCUGCCUCGGUUUCCAUGGCAACCCAAGCCAUAUAUGCUUGGGAAAUCAUUUAUUCCGUGCUGAGUGUGUUUAACACGUCUGGCCCUUUGAUAGAAGCAAACCAGUUUUAUGACAGAGUCGUGAUGGAUUUGAGAGUGUUGCUCUCGCACAAAGUCAAUAUAUGUGGCUAUUUCACGAAACCUUUUACCUCCAACUUACUACUCUAUUUCUUCUCAAUAUUCUUUUUGAUGAGGCUUCAUUCACCCGGUUCAUCAUUUUCGAAAUUGUCUUUUCUUUUUCCCUCCCUUUCUCUUCUCUUGCUUUCAUUCCUGUCCAUACCUUUUCUUUCUUUCCUCCCUGUUACUUCAGGUUUAUCAUCCUCCUAUUUUAACAUUUCCACUCCAAAUUCUCCAACUGCCAGUCUGAAGGCGAUGAAUUCCACACUUGUACCGACUUCCCCUUCGAUGUCCUUCCCCUCACCCUCCACAUCUAGCAUCUCACCAACCCAUCACACAGAUUCAUUUCAUGCACCAAUCCCCACAGCGAGUCCUGGUGUGAACGAUUCCCACGAGAGCCACGGAUUACCUGAAAUUACCUCGGUAAUUGCAACACCUUCCCGCUCAUACCCGGAUGGUAACUCUGGUAACUCAAGCUCCUUGUCUGCAUCGGCUUAUGCAUCAAUAAGCCCCGUUUCCGCUCAACAUAUGAACCACUCCGCAGAGGCAUCGCUUCAUCCGUCCAUGCGGGACCCUUCUCUAUUAUCUCUACCUAUUUCAAGAUUGAGUUUGGAUUCCCCUGGCUCAGCCGUGCAUGAAACCGUUUCAUUACAUCUUACUUCGGCCUCACCAGUCCCAAGUUCACGACGAGAUACCAUGAAUAAUCUCUUACAGCUGUCGGACAUCUCAAUGUCAACGCCCCAAGCGUUGUUAAGCAUUAUUACCCCAACUGCCUCCUCUCAUACUUCCUCUGCUACGCUACGUGCUUACUUUACCAGUGUCAUUUCUGUCAGUGACCCUCUGUCUUCUGGCUUAGUUACACCAUCUCUUCCUUCAAGCUUUGCAAACGCAUUUCCAACCUCUUUUAUGAAUGUAGAAAGCCAGCUAUCAUUCAUUUUGCAUGCAUCAUCUAAGCUGAAUUCUCCAUUGCACCCUCUUAAUGCUGAUUAUACUUCAUCAUUUGUAACAAUGAUACAACAUACGCCCUUAUCGUCAUUAUUGAUGCAAUCCUUUCUUAGUGAUGCACAUAUGUCAUCUACCUCUCAUUUUCAAAUAAGCCAUUCCUUUCAGCAUAUAUCAAAAGAAAGUGCAACUACGCCAUGGCUGAUGCACCCGUCUUUCACCACACCCUUUGGGCUUUCUUUUGCUGCGUCCUCCAAAGAAACAUUGCAUUCAUCUUUACCAUCAUCACAUGCAACUGUGUCAUCAUCCUAUUCAGCUUUGAGAUCAUCACAUUCAGCUUUACAAUCAUAUUCAUAUUCGUCAUUAUUAUAUUUACCUUUUACAUAUUCCUCUUUGUCAUCACAUUCACGUUUAUUAUCAUUACAUUCACCUUUUUCAUCAUUAAAUUCACCUUCAUCAUCACUAAAUUCACCUUUGCCAUCAUCACAUCCACUUUUGCCAUCAUCACAUCCACAUAUACCAUCAUCACCUUCAACUUUGCCAUCAUCACAUUCACAUUUCACAUUGCUUUCACCUUUGCCAUCAUCUCGUCUAAGUUUGCCUUCAUUACAUUCACACUUGCAAUCAUCACAUUUACAUUUGCCAUCAUCACCUUCAACUUUGCUACCAUCCCAUUCACCUUUGACAUCAUUGCAUUCAUUGUUGUCAUCAUCGCAUUCACCUUUGCCACCAUCGCAUUCACAUUUGCAAUCAUCACAUUCACUUUUCCCAUCAUUGCAUUCACCCUUGUCAUCACAACAACAUUUGCCAUCAUCACUUUCAUCUUUGCCUCGUGAUCUAUCACUUGUCUCAUUUAUGCCUCCAAAAAUUUCCUCAUCUCCCCACAACUCACAUCCACCCCACCCAUCACAAACUUCCAUCCUGGAUCGCAUCACUCCAGUCACCACCUCUCCUUUAUCCUUUCUCCCCAAUAUAGGAUCAGUCACCACCUCCUCACCCAGCCUUGUCUCUGCAUCUCUCCCAUCACGUUUACCUUCCAAUGAGACUGAAUCCGUUAUCACCAUGGCAACCCGUAUGUUGACAUCAACAUCCACAUCUUUGAUUAACCCCCCCAGUCUGGAUACCAGUUUAGAGUCUACUGCUGUCAUGAACUCUAUAAAUACUUCUGAAGCACUGUCCAGCAUGACUUCUAGUCCACUUAGUACCUUCUCAAAGCUUGAUGUUGUAUCGCCAUCUAGUGCUAACUUUUCUGAUGCAUCUACUGUGCUUGAAACUGUUUUGUUUACUCAGACCUCAUUUGACUUUGUGACACCUUCUGACACUGCUUCUGAUAGUGUAGAAGUGGAUCUUACUACUGAUCAUUCCUCAUUUAUUCGGAUGAUUGAUUCAACCGCCAUGAAUUAUCCAACUUUAACACCUUCAUUUGUAACACCUUCCUUUGACGGAUCAUCAUUAGUGCCUCAAGAGCCUUCAUUCUCUACCUUAACACCAACAAAAUACCUUACUUCAGUGUAUGAUUCUUACACCUUGAUAUCAACACCUUAUUCUGUAGAUAGUUUAACCAUCGUUAGUACACUAACACAAUAUUAUGAUAGUGUAACACCUGUGCCUUCUAACAUUUACACUAUGGAAUCCAUAGGAUCCAACUUUUCCCAUCCUGGGAGACUUACACCAGUACCAAGUACACCAACACAAACACCAUACACAACAACAUCAGAACAUGAAACAAUGUUACCUACACAAACAUAUACUUAUUCAACACCUGUUUCUCAAGUGCUUAUUCAAACACCAACACUUUCAUUAUCAUCUUGGAUGAAUAUAUCCUCAAGCCUGCAACCAUCUAGUGUUUCCUUAAUACAUAGCAUGCCUGACACCCUGUUAACCCCAUCUGUUAGUGAUACCACAUCGCUGCAAACGAAUUUCCCAUCAUCAUUUCUGGAUAGUACUCCCUUGCUGAUCAGCUUGAUGACUGAUUAUGUGAUUAUGUCCUCUGGAGUUACAAUAACUAGCAUGCCAAUUGAUGUGUCUAUUGAAACAUCUUCAUCUGUCAUUAUGCCGGAUGUUUUACAUUCUGACUCUGUGGAUACUCUUUCAUCAACAGAUGGCAUUUUAACAUCCACCUCAUUACCGUUGUCAACUGCAACCACAUCACUGGUCCCUCUCCAGACAUCUACUCCUGAAUCAUCAAUGCUUUCUCCAAUGACAUCAAAAGAACUGUCAAACACUAGUACUGAAGGUUCACAAACUUUGCAUAGUUUUUCAACAUCGGAGAGGAUGUCAGCAAUUGUUCAAACACCUAUUCUUUCAUCAUCAGUGCAAUCUAUGAGCAGCGUGCAAGCAAAUGAAAGUAUGCCUUCAUUAUCUUUAUUCACUAAUUUAAGUACACUUCAGGAAGACCUGUCAUCAACCUAUGCAAUCAUGCCCAGUGAUGUAAUCUCCCAAACCAUGAUGCAAACUAUCAUCACCUCUUUUGUAAAUUCCUCCCAAAGCGAAAUCAUGCCAUCUCCCUCGAUUUACAUACCAAUGCAAUCAUCUGUUUUUAAUUCAACAAUGCAGUCAUCAUUAAUGGAUUCCUUGUUAAGCUCAGUAGCUACUCAAACUGGAAUGUUGCCAAUGCAGGCAUCAACUGCAGUGGUUGGAAGUGACCAUGUUUCCAGUACCCUUGAUUCAAAUUCAAACAUGUCAUCAGUUUCUAUGUUGCCAAUGCCUUCUGCCGGUCAGAUGACUAUGGUAACUUCUGUUGCAAUGGAAUCUUCUACGCCUCUUGUGAACAAAAGUGAUUCUCUGUUCCCCACUUCAUCAUCUGGUUUUGAUUCAGUAUCAUCCAGUAUAGUUGCCAUGGCAACUGAAAUGCCAUUAUCAUCCUCCUCUGGGAUGAUUCUCCCAACUCCAAAUAGCACAAUAUCAUCAGACUUUCCUGGGUUUAAUUCAACACUACCCACCCCAAGUCUUCCAUUCAUGCCGUUGUCCAGUUCCUCCUUACCUCCCAACUCUACACUCCACUCAGGAGCACCCGCAACCCCUAUAUUCUCUUCUCUCUCACCGGUGACCUCUAUUUUGUCCACUCCAUCAAUGUCUCUGGUUUCCUCAAGUAUCUUGGAGACCCGUUCAAACUCCUCUUCACCUACAACUACAGUUUCUGUGGAAAUCCUAUCCACGCCCUUGGUUUCCUUGAGCACCCCUUCUGCUUCAGUGUCAGUGAGUUCAGUGUUUGUACCUACUUCACCAACCUCCCAAACAAAUUUGUCCACCACCGAUACAACUCCUGUGGUUGUUUCUACCACAAACCAAUCUCUUUCAGCAGAGCCAACAACAGUUGUGAUGAACACUUCAUCAGUGACUCCUCCAACAAGUUCACCCAAUGCUGAUAAUGUGACUGUCAGCCCUCAAACAACGGGUGCGGUGGUGUCUCCGGAGACUUCCUCAAUGACUCCUGGGGUGUCCACUUUCUUGAACUACACUAUGACCACCACUCCUGCAACCAAUGUGACAACUUCAUCACCUGGUACAACCUCAACACCAACAACACCAGUGACCACUCCCAUGGACACUACUGAGGCCACAACCCCAGAAGCAACAGUUCCACCAACUACCUCUACCACAAUCCCUCCCACAACUCAUGUAGAAACAACAACACCAACAGUGGUCACCACAAACCAAGAUGUUACCAAUUCUUCAACUGAACCCAGAACCACGCAGACAAGGACACCAACUCCGUUUGAUACAUCCUUUGCUACCAAGCCCUAUUGGCUAACAAUGGGUCUUGCUAUUGAUGAAAACAUAAACGUCAACGCUCCUUCGUACGUUGAAGAGAUGGAGGGCAACCUUGCGGAUAUGUACGUGGAGGCUAAUCGCCGUAGCAACCAGAGAAUGGUGGAGGUGGAGCAGCUUCUGGAUCAGCUGGAUCCCGAGAGGAAUCCUGCAGUGGACCCAGGUGGAGCCAGGAGAAGGAGAGCAGUGACUGUGGACACAAUAACGGCACAGAUAAUAGACAUGACCCGACUCACCAAUCCCACCAAAAAUGUCGAUUUGACAUUCUACAUAGUGGAGGAAGGUACCAAACUUCUGUCGGGGGAGGCCAAGGCGGUGCUGGAUGAGCUCACCCUCCAAGAGAUGACCCUGUAUAUGGCUGUACCAGUCAACAGUCCACCUAUUGAGGUCGUACCAUCAACCACAGUCAUGCCAUCGGCCGAGCCUCCAGCCCGCCUGUGGAUCAUCGCGGCCGUUCUCGUUCCAUUGGCUCUACUGUUCUUCUGUUGCCUUUGCUGCUGUUGCUGCUGCUGCGGGCGCAAACCCAGGAAGGAAGACGGUCCUAUGGAUCCUGAUACAUUCAAGAUGCUCCAGUUCAAAGCAAAAUACCCAUACAGACAGUACCCUGGCAGCCCUCAGGACCAGCAUCUCCAACCAGUCCCGCGAGGGUUUGAUGUUGUCAAACAAGAUUACGCCAACAAUGCGUUUGGUAUGGAGGCAGGCACGGUGGAGGGGAAGCAGCAAAUUGAAGAAGAAGCUGAGAUGAUGAUACAGAGAGAGCUACCAAGAAGAACGGUUGAGGGACAUGUAUCACCUGUCCUUCACUCCAGAAACCAGUACCCCAUCGGACAGUCACCGACCCCCAGUGGGACUUCUAGCUCUUCCCUAGUACCACCUCUACCUGUUAAGCAGACCAAAGGUCACCAGAGGGUAAGAGAUGGAAGUACUAGUGGAAGUGAUACGGGGGAGGAGCUCUACAAACAGAGGCGAGAAUACAUGGCCGCUCAAGAGGAGAUCAGUAGAGUACUAGAACCGGAGUUAUACUCGUCACAGGGGAGAAAAAGGUACAGUAGGGGUGCUGUCCUCAAAGGGAGUUUGGGGGACUGUAGACCAUGACGUAGACCACUUUGGAUUAUUCUGUGCUAGAAUCACAGGAAGCCCAAAGAUUUGUUACUCUGUAUUUGAUCUUUGUAGGAUUGCAUGGUGGAGCUUAUAACAUGGAGAAGUUUUGAGGUUCACCAUGUGUAAUAUGUAGAAGGGAAGGAAAUACAUGUACAGGCAAAAAGAUUGAAGAGAGUAAUCUCUCUUCAAUUCAUACGGCUAUUACUCAAACCAUCGCUUCUCACGCUAUAUUCAGCUCAUCUCAUCUGGUUUACAGUCCUUUUCAGGACUUCACUCACUUUCAAGAAAACAAUACGUCUAAUCUGUAAUUAUCUCUAUUUCUUAGGUUUACUAUUUUCCUUCCCCUUGCUUUCAUAAUGAAGAAAAUGCAUAUCACUCCCAGACAGUUAUGAAUAUGACUGUCAAAUGAGUUAAUAAUUGAACAUUCACAUACAUUAUGUAGAUGAGAGUAAUUUAUAUGGCUGUACACAAAUAAAAUUUGGUAUGUUCUCCUUUGUUUACAAAGGACAUUUUGCAAAUUUCCUGUAGAAAAAAAUAUGACACUGAUGGAUUUCCAUAGAGCUACGAUUGAUCGGAUCAAUCAUAACUCUUUGUAAGACGGGGCCCAGCGUUGUACCCAUUACAGAGGUGAAAAGAGUACAAUAGGAUGAGUGUCGGGAUCUAAAGGAGGUCGCAUGGGGAGAGGGGGGGGGGGUGAAUCCUCUGUUAAUUUGUGUGAGUUUAUGUUUUACAAAGCUGUAUCAAUCACAUUCAUUAUUGGGGACUCAACCUUCAAUGUCACUAUCUGACGGAUGUGGCCAGCCUUUAGGGAACUCAUAUAUAAUGCCUCAUUUUAGUGAACUCUUUCAUUUUAUUUAAAUGCUCUGUUAUGACUUAUUAUGUAAGAUAUAUUAUGUUAAAUUAUGUUCCAAAUAUAGAUUCCAUUGUUCAUGUUGAAUUUAUAGAAUUUGUUGUCUACCAUUUUGCACGGCAUGAAAACAAAAAGAAUUUCCAAUUAUGGACAAUAAAUACAUCUACAGUGUAACUACUUAUACUUAUGAAACUGGAUUCCGGGAAGUCUGAUAUUAAAACUUUGUACAUGAAAGACAAUCGUUCAUUCACCCAUACAAGAAUUUGUGAAAAUAAUUGAAUUUAUUAUAUUACUCCAUACAUAGCGAUACAAGAACUAUAACAUUGCAUUGUACAUGUAAAUCUAUUUUUCAAGGUUAUAGAAUUUCAGCAGAACUCUUACCCGAAACCUUAUUAUCACCCUUUAGAAAAUAUAGAUUAAACCUCCCAAUAAAGCUGAGAAUCAAAUAGAUGAUGAAUUAUGAACACUAUAGACAGGGUGUGAGAGUUCAGAUUUUUAGCUGAUUUCAGAUUUAUUUGAUCUGAUUUUCAGCUUAUUUUUAGCAUAUUUUAGGUUUCCUCUUUACAAUUAGUAUGGGAGCUCUUCCUAUUUCAGAUCUCAAACUUUUCAACACUCUUGCUCAUUUUUUCAGAUCUUUUUAUUUGUGACCACUCACACCCCUGUACAGAAGCCAAAGUAAUGAUAAUUUUUUUCUUUUAAUUUUGAUCUGGGAUUUUUACUUUUUGUCAUUUGUAAUGUAUUGAUGUAUCGAGCGGUGACCCCUAUCAUAAGCAUUGCUUCUCCUGGGUCUCCGAACCAUCUAUUUAUUUGUUUUUUUUCUGAUACUUUGUUGAUACUGUAUAUUGUACUGUUUUUAUCCUUUUGAUGGUUGAAUAAAUAAAUGAAUUGAAUUGAAAUUGAAUAAUAGAUUGGAUUUGUAAUGCGCUAAAUCCCCUCUUCAGAGCGCCUAAUAUGAUUCCCAAAUUACAGUAGUUCAGCUUCUAAAAAAAUAAUAAAAACUAUAUACCAGGUAAUUUGUUAGAAGAAAUAGCAUUUCCCUUUUCCAUACAGUUUAACAAAGUCUCUGCAAAUUCCAAACCAUUAUCUUCAUUUUUUAAGAAAAUCAGAUGCCACAGGAGUAAAUAUCAAUCGCCAUCAAUGUUAUUAAAGGCACGUUGUACAAAAUGUACAGUAAUGUACAAAAUGUACUAGUCUUGUACAUUAUACAG